CUUCACUCUGCGCGCUGGGGCGACGAUAGAGCAUCGUCUCUGAGCACGACAUCCUUGCCAAAAUGGCCGCCGAAAUCGUGGCGUCCUUUUUGUUGGCCAACAACUUCAUGUUUUGUAAAUAUGGAUACGAAUACUGCAGCCAUUGCGGCUGCGACCAUGCCUACGUGAAUGACAACUUCCUUACCAUGGACUUGUCUGCCCUCGAAGGGCGCCUCUCUGAGUACGGAAACACUGCUGGGCUGUUGCCCAGGGAGCCCCUGUCUAUCGCUGGGCAAUUCACGACCAUCCACAAGGAGUCAGGGCCAAACGGAGCUGCCUGCAAAGCGCACAGUCGCGAAGACUGUCAAGACUGCUUCAAUUGGGAUAAGAUCAUACGCGAGCAGCUUUUGAAGAAGAUCACUGGCAAGGUAUCCAGGUCCGAGGCGUCGAAUGCAAAACUCGACGACCGUGAGCGGAUCAUAGGCUUGUUGAGGUCGAUGGGCGUCACCUUUCCCGAAAAGACGAAGCUUCCGACAAACACUCUCGAAAAGCGCCUUGAUACGGCUCUGAAUUGCGCUCAGUUCGCAUCAAAUUACUCUGGCAAGUUCCCCUUGAAUUGUGCGAAAUUGCCAGCUUGGAAGGGGAGAAGCAUAUUUGAUGGUGUUCGCAGAGGUAAUGGUGUUGAAGCCUUGGAAGCCGAUCGCCUCAGGAGCGAAGGACGUGGGCGCGAACCACCUGCCCUGUAUGUCAAUGCCUUCACGGACGUCAGACAAACGGUUCUCAACCUGGCGAAACACUGCGACGAUGGUAUCACCGUACACAUUUUCGAGAAUCACGAACAGACAGAAUGCAUCGCCAUUAGGAUCCUCGGCGUUCACGCUCUCGACGACAAGACGCCCGUCUUCAGCCUGAUCUACGCUCUUGGCAGCUCGCAGUCUCCUUCGACCGACGUGAUCGACUUUGUCUGCGCACGGAUGCGCGGCAAGAUCAUGCGGACCUACUGUACCGCCGAGGAGCAAGCCUUGCUCAGGAAGAUACUGUUCAUGAACUCCGAGAGGGUUUCCUCGGACUUCAGACCCAAGCUCGAACCGUACGAGCGGAAUUUCAAGAUCAGCUUUUUGCUCCCCAUUGGGCCCCUCAGCCAGAUUGACAUUGGCAAGCUGACGAGCGACACCGGAUGCGCUAUCUGUGGCAAGAAGACGACCAGCCGAUGCACUGGUUGCUUGUCCGUCUCUUACUGCGGUCAAGCGUGUCAGAAAGCGCACUGGAAGGAGCACAAGGAGUUCUGUCGAACCAUUCGCGGUGGGCAAUGGACCUCCGUUAAGUUCACGACGCAGCUGCAGACGCCCGAGGGUGAACCACUCUUCGUGACGUCUAUCAAUUUCUCAUCCUCGACGCCGACUCCCAUCUGUGGUCCGGGCAUACCUGUCGUGACUCCGCCCAACGUACACGGCGACAAUGCUUUCCUCGUGAAGAUCCAGCGGCCCGGAAGUAUCGUUGCGCGCGACGACGAUACGGCGGCGAUGAUGGUCUACGACCGCAAUAGGUCGUUCCAAGGCUAUAUCACGCCGAGGGAGAACCCAGGCGGGUACGCUCAGGUUCUGUCGCUUCUUGCAGGUGGAAGGGCGAAGGUCUACCGUUGGGCGAAGCGAACGGACGAUUGGGUGCUCAAUGUCUGCCUUGACCGUGCGCCUGCCACCAAUCCACCGUGGUGAAGUGGUGGUCGGGUUUUCCUAUGGGUCGGUGAUAUCCUUUUCGUUGUCGACAUGUGUGUAGGAUACUUGUACACUCUCAUGUAGCCUUCCGACAGCCUUUUGUAUGCUUAUCUGUACGGCCCCAAAACAUUGUAUCUUACUUGGGCCCUAUGCGUAGACAUUCAUGCAUUGGGAUUUCUG